AUGAAUCGUUUGUUAGGCAAUAAACGUCGAGCAUCAUUUGAUGUUAAUCAACGCCCGUCAAUAUUCAAAGUUUAUUAUCUAGGAAAUGUAGCCACAUCGUUAACGCGAGGAGAAGGUUGUGCAGAUCGGCCAGCUAAGAUUCUUUGGGAUAUGCACGUGAAAAAUCAAGGACGUUUAGGAAGAAAACUUCGUUUAACGAUCACAAAUGGUGGAUUACAAGCAGAAAGUUGUACAAAAAUGCCUACGACAAAUGACAUAACACUCUACUGUACAAAUCGUAUUGCCUAUUACCUGGUUGCCAGUAAACUCAAUCCCAAGAUGUUUAUUUGGAUUUAUCGACAUGCAAAUAUACGAUCAGGUUUAACGACAGAACUUCGUUGUCAUGCUUGUUUGUGUUCCAGUGAAGAUGAUGCUAAAUGUCUUGUUGAUCUACUCCAUCACCGUUUACAAGAUUCUCUACGUGAAUAUGUACGAGAGAAACAUCGUCGUCAAAUAAGUCGACUGUCCAUUUCAUCAUCGUUGAAUUUAACAAGUGCAGAUAAAACAAUCAAUGAACCACCAAAACGUCUAUUGACUCGAAGUCAAGCAUCAAAUUAUCGGCCAUCAUUAGCUCGAUCGAUGUCAAAUAUUGGACUUGGUCGUAUGGAUGAUAUCGAAGAAGAUGAUGAUGAAUUAAUUAGUGAAACAGCUACAACGAUGUCCACAUCGUCCACAUCAUCUAUUGAUUUAAUCACAACAAAAUUGACUGAAUUAGAAACCGAAAAACGAAUGAAAUUGUAUGCACACGCACUGUCCGAUAUUCUAUGA